AUGACACGCGGCGUUGUGGGAAGCACGGACGAAGUGGUAGGAACCACUGCGAUCGUCGUAGGAGCGAUUGAUGUUAUAGAAACCCCUGGAGUAGCGGUAGAAGCCGGGAACGUGGUUGGCUGGGUGGUUGUUGUUGAUGCUCUCGAGGUCAUAGGCACUGUGGAUGUGGAGGAGAUCUCCACCACUUGCAAUAACUUCCAGGGUUAUUGA